AAAUUUUGUAUGUAUUAAUGUCUUGUGUCAGUCUGUAUAACCAAUUGGAAGCUGCCGCUUACCAACUCCGAAAAUAACAAGCGCAUACAAACAAAGGUUCAAUGUUUGAACCCUUAAACAAGUUUAUAUUUGGUGAAACGGAAGGGGGGCCACUGAUUAAAAAAUUUCCUAUUUUGUGUGAGUUAUCAGCCACAACUUCAAACCCAAUUUCGAAAGUCUAGGGGGGUGAAUAUUAUUUUAUUUUAUUUUUUGGGUAUCCUGUUUUUGAAGUUGUGAGAGUCUUGAGGGCGUUUAUGAAGAAGUGGGGUUGAUUAAUAAUUGUGGAGACAAGUUCUGAAUUCCCAACGAAACUCUUCAUUCAGUAAAGGUGGAAUACCUCUACAUCUUUAUCAGUGGUUGGCAGUUGGGUCAUUUCAGAUAAACUUUUGGGAAUUUGUUUUUUCUUUAAAUAUAAAUUUUGGGGCAUAAAGAAAACUAACCGGGAUAGAGAGUUGGGAGACUUUAGGCUUUAAAGCCAGCCUCGUUCAUCAGCACCUGCUAUAGGAGAAAGAGAGGCCAUCAUUCCAAAGCAAAAGUAAAAGAGAGAGAGAGAGAGAAAAAAAAAAAAAGAAAGAAAGAAAAAAAAAAAAAAAAGGAAGAAGAGGAGAUAAAGAGCGAAUCCAAAGAAGAAGAAGGGGUUCCUAUGGGGGAGAUGAUUCAAGCACAGAAGCAGCAGGCAUGGGAGCAGAACUCAGGCAGCCUCAGCUUCAAUGGAAGCUUGUCCAAAGAAGAGGAGGAGAUGUCCAAGUCUGCUCUCUCUACCUUCAGAGCCAAGGAAGAAGAGAUCGAGAAGAAGAAGUUGGAGGUGAGAGAGAAGGUUCAAGUGCAACUUGGCCGUGUUGAAGAAGAAACCAGACGCUUGGCCACGAUUCGAGAGGAGCUUGAAGCGCUGGCCGAUCCCAUGAGAAAGGAAGUGGCACAAGUUCGGAAGAAGAUCGACUCAGUCAACAGAGAUUUAAAGCCGCUGGGGCAAAGCUGCCAGAAGAAGGAAAAAGAGUACAAAGAUGCCCUUGAGGCUUAUAAUGAGAAGAACAAGGAAAAAGUACAACUAAUUUCCAAAUUGAUGGAGGUGAGCUUCGACAUGGACCUAAAACACAUAUCUCAAUUCAGUAUACAUAUUUUCUCAUUCCAAGUUCUAACUUGUCUCUCACUCUCUUUUUUUUUUCUGGGUUACGUGCCUGGUUGUGCAAUGGGUGAUGAUCUGAACAGCUGGUGAGUGAAAGUGAGAGGUUGAGGAUGAAGAAGCUGGAGGAGCUGAGUAAGAACAUAGAUUCCAUGCACUAAUAUGGGGGCUGAAACUGAUAACUGAUUGAUGAUUAGGUUUGGUGUAAUGUAUCUAAAGAUGAUCACUUUUCUAUUUAUAUAUGUGGGUGCCUUGGGUUUGGUGUAUUCUACGAUAUCCCUUGUUUGUUUCAUUAGCUUUCAAAUGAAGGAUUUGCUGAUUUAGGAAAGGGUAAUGCCCUUUAAAACAGGUUUGUAAACUAAACAAUGUCUCAACUUUGUAUUUUUCUUUCUCA